AUGGCAACGGUGUGCCGAGCCCGGGGGCUGGCGCCGGACCGGGAGACGAGGCUCAUCCUCCCGGUGGGAUGCAGGACACGUGUGAAGGGCAUUCCACAAGGUUACAUGGGCAACGCAAUUGCCGGUGCGGUUGCUAAGCAGCCAGUCGGCGAGAUUCUAGGGGACGGUCGGCUGGGCUCGACGGCCUGGCUACUGAACCGUGCCGUGGCAUCGGUCGACGAGGCGACGGUGAGAGCUGAGCUCGCGUCUUGGUCUAAAAACCCCAGCUUAAGAUAUGCGCCUGACUUACGUGGAGAUCCUGCCAUUGUGGUAUUGAGCGGCUCGCCGCGGUUUGAUGUGUAUGGCAACGACUUUGGCUGGGGCAGGCCGCUGGGUGUCCGGACCGGCCCGGGGAACAAGCUGGACGGGUUAAUCACGGUUUUCGAGGACGGCGGAGGGGCCGGCGGCAUGGAACUGGAGGUGUGCCUCGCUCCUCAUGUUCUCGCCAGCCUCGUCGCCGACCAACAGCUGAUGAACCCGUCGGUCUAG